UUCCCAACAGCCACACAGCACGACCUGAGCGCACCAACCUCCAAUCAGAUCGAUCUGAGCGCACCAAUAGUCGAUCAGACGGAUCCACUUGGCCCAACAGUCAAUCUGGCCAAACGGGGUACCGUGACGGCCUAUCAGAUCGACCGGAGCACAGCAGCAGCAGCAAAUAUUACCAAUCCGAUCCCACAAACAAUCACUAAGGCUCACUCGAGCUCACCAACUGCCAAUAUAACCAUUAAGAACGCAUCGACAGUGAACCAAUCCUAUCCAGAUGAGUCAACGGUCAGUUCAGACCCAUCCGAGCACACUUCAGCGCAUUACCACACUUCAUCACCUCCACCCUUUUCACCACCAGCAGCAGCAGCAGUACCAGUCACCAACAGGAAUUAUUCUGAGGACGACGAAACUUCAAUACCUUCACCCUAUCCAUCAACGGUAAAUCCACCAACAGUCAGUCAAGUCGAAUCGAGCGCUCAAUCGUUCAGUGUGACCUGUCCGAGCGCAUCAAUGGUCAAGCAAACGGACCCAAGCGCAGAUACUGUCAACAGGACCUGUUUCAGUACGCCACCGCUCAAUCAGUUGGACCUUAGCGUACCAGCAGUCAAUGAGAUCCAUGUGAGCGCACCAACAGUCAAUCAGGACGACACGAGCAAACCAGCCGUCAAUAUAACCCUUGAGAGCGUAUCAGCGGUAAAGCAGACCUAUCCGCGGGCAUCAACGAUCAGCUCAGACCAAUCCGAGCGCAUCUUAGAACAUCGGCGCAGUUCAUCACCUCCAUCACGCUCAUCAAUCGUAGUUCCAGUAGCUGGCUGCAUUCAUACUCAGGGUGACGAAGCAUCACCAACUCCACCAAUGGUGAAUCUAUCAGCAGUCAACCAGACGGACCCGAGCGCACCAACAGUCAAUAUGACCCAUUCGAGUGAACCAGCACUAAGUCACGCCCUUCCAAGUUAG